AUUGCUGCAAGAAAUGAUGAUCUCAUCUGCAAGUAUGGUAGCAUCAUUGCAGAGAGACAUGGGCAAGACAACCUUCACCUGGUGUCACAAGGGAUUCGGCACCUUUCAAGGCUGCUGAUACAGCUCAGAACCAACAACUCUAUGGGGAUUCACCUCAAAGACUUUCUAAAGCCAGAGUAUUUUGACCGCAUUGUGGCUUCAGUUAAGACCCUUUGCAACUUUGAGGAAUCAUCAGCAAAGUCAGUCGGAAUACCAUCCCUUGCACUGAAGUUAGGCCAUGCCAUAAAUAAGUGCAUAGAUAAGAACUUUAUUUUAGCACGAUAAAAAGAUCAGCAUUGCUGGUGGGGUCGUGCAUACUAACAAUUACAAGAAAAAUAAGAAGUACGAUUAAAAACUAAAAACUGUUAAAAAUGUUUGAAAUAGGUCGUGAAAAUGUACAAUUAAAAAUUAAAACUAUUAAAAGUAUUCGUAACCGAUAUCUCUAUUUUUGGUAGUAGCUAAGAUUGGUUCGAAAUGCAUUUUAUCGGUAUCAAAUUUUACGAGACAGCGUUUAAAUUCUUUCAAGGUUUUGGCCCCUGUUUCCUUGUUCGUUAAAGUGUUCCAUGCGAUUGCUCCUCUAAAGCGUAUGGAGUUCCUGAUAAAAUUUGUUUCUGGUCUUGGAAGAAUGAUGUUCUCAUUUCUUCUGCAGCCUGAAUUCCUCUGUAAAAACAAAUUUUUAAAUUCCGUGACGGUGUAACCUUUUAAACAUUUGAAGACAAACUCCGUUAGUCGCAGUUUGUACAUUGUUUCCAAACUAUCCCAUCCAGUUCGCAUUAAGACAUCUUCAGCGCUUGUGUCCCAUGGCAGCCCAUUUACAAUCCGUCCAGCCCUUGCAUGGAGUUUCUCCAAGUUUUUAGGUGUGUCUUGUUGCACGAUCCCCACACUGUCAGACCGUAUGUAACUGAUGGCAGUAUCACUUUUGUGUAGAAAUCUUCUAAUUGCUUCUGAGGGAGGAAUCGCAUGCGUCGGAGUAGACUUAACUUGGAUGCGAAGGACUUCGCUACAUUUGCAGCAUGAUCUGACCACGACAACUUGUUAUCAACUUGUACUCCGAGGAGUCUUUCUGAGGUUGUCCACUUUAUGAUGUUGUUGCCAAGGCGCAGAGCUUGGAUAGGGCCAGUAAAUGUUGAUUUGCGCUGCAUGAUCAUUGCUUUGCAUUUCUCUGGGUGUGGUACCAUCGAAUUUCUGUCGCACCAUUCCUGGAGUUCAGCUAGAACAUUGUUUAAUGAGUUUGUUAGCAAAUCCAUCGUUUCUGCAAUACAGUAUAUUGGCCCCGUCACGAUCAGUCAGAAGGAAAUCGAGGAAAAGAUCUGUAAGUUAAAAGUGAAGAAAGCCACGGGGCCAGAUGGCAUCACCAUCCAAAGAGGUAAGGCUUUGAGAGAAAAAGACCAGGUGCUGCUACAAGACAUGGACAAUCUUGAAAAGCUUAUGGGAUCUGAAUGGAGUGAUACAAUUUCAUAUCACUCACUAGGAACACUCUACAAGAGGAAAUUUAACAAGCCAGAUCUGCUUCCAGUUACAGAAGACUUGGAGGUGUUGAGAAAGCAUCUCCUUCAAAAGAUUGUCACUUGUACAGAGACCUUAAAAGCUGCACGAACAAUACAGAAUUGGAGUGAGUUAGCUAAAACAACCCUUUAUCGGGUGAUAACAUUCAAUAAACGACGAGGCGGUGAAGUUUCAAAGAUGCUGUUGAGUUUAUUAUUUUGUAGAAAGGCCAGACUGGAAGAAAACAGCAACAAAAGGAAUCGAAGAUUGUCAGCUUUGAUUUUGAAAGUACAGUGUGUUUGUUGCCACAGUUUCCCAAGUUAUAGAUUAAUUGGCUAGUAAGACACAUAAGACAUGAUAUUAUGCUAGUGCACAGAGAACAAUUUGUAAACUCCAUGAAAUGACCCUGGAGAUGGCAAAAGUAUGAAAAAUUUUGAGAAUUAGUGGAUUGGGGUGAAAACUCUGAAGCCACUGUUUAAGGACAAAAGCUAAUUGUAAAUUCUCUAGGUAUGAUGACUACAUUGGAAGGAUAACAAAAGAAAGGCACUUUAUCUACCAGUCCCAAAAAAAUAUUUUCACCGUUGAACUACUCAUAUAUUAAGUAAUUAUAUAAGUAACCUUUUUUCUGAUUUAAAAACUAAUUUCGCUCAGGAAAAAUCAUCACACCGACUAAACGUUUUCUCCAGUUUGCAUAUAUUAUUUGUUUAAGUGUUCUGUUAUAGUAAGACUUUUUCCUUGAGCAAAACAUUUUUUUUUUGCACAACUUAAAGACAACCCUCACAAAUACAUGCUGAAUUCACAGCUAGCAUUGAUGCCUGCACUUAUUUAAUACCACAAAAAAUGUAAAAAUAAACCUCCACCUUAAUAGUCCCAAGGGAUUUGGCAGCUUACAACAAACAAAUCCAUGUCACUUUUCAACUACACUACAUUCAUUAUUAUGCCUGGCAUAGGAGGUUAACUCUACAAUGUUAAACCUACAAUCGCCAAGGCAAACAUUGAUCAAACAACAAGUAGAAAAUAUGCCUGGCAAAAGAGGUUAACAUUACAAGUUAUUUCUCGAAAGCCAUUCGGUGAACAGAAAGCAUUAAUUAUUAGAAAACAAUACUACACAUAACAGGGAAAGAAAACUACAAAAACUGGGUUUAUGACAAAAAAGAUUCCUGUUUUAACUGUCCCAAGCUGUAUCCUAAGAUAGGACAUCAAGCACAAAGUCAGUGCCUAAAAGUGGCCCUAGCAAAAAUGAAAUCCGAUGAGGUGACAAUUAUUGCUGCAAGAAAUGAUGAUCUCAUCUGCAAGUAUGGUAGCAUCAUUGCAGAGAGACAUGGGCAAGACAACCUUCAACUGGUGUCACAAGGGAUUCGACAGCUUUCAAGGCUGCUGAUACAGCUCAGAACCAACAACUCCAUGGGGAUUCACCUCAAAGACUUUCUAAAGCCAGAGUAUUUUGACCACAUUGUGGCUUCAGUUAAGACUCUUUGCAACUUUGAGGAAUCAUCAGCAAAGUCAGUCGGAAUACCAUCCCUUGCACUGAAGUUAGGCCAUGCCAUAAAUAAGUGCAUCACCAUCCAAAGAGGUAAGGCUUUGAGAGAAAAAGACCAGGUGCUGCUACCAGACAUGGACAAUCUCGAAAAGCUUAGGGAUCUUAAUGGAAUGAUAGCAUUUGGAAUGAUACCACUUGUACAGAGACCUUAAAAGCUGAGUUAGCUGAAACAACCCUUUGUCGGGUGAUAACAUUCAAUAAACGACGAGGCGGUGAAGUUUCAAAGAUGCUGUUGAGUUCAUUUGUAGAAAGGCCAGACUGGAAGAAAACAGCAGCAAAAGGACUGGGAAUUGAAGAUUCUCUAGAGCCAAUUGAGAACGAACUGUAU